CAGGCUGGUGUAACACACUGAGCAUAUUAGACGUGCCCAGCCAAAUUGAGACUUUACAGUCGGACGGUCAGGCUGAGGGGCCACGUCUGAUUUGUGAUCUCAUUACUAAAGGGACCUAUAUUGCGCGAGCAACAAAAGACCAACUAAAAGGACUACUGUUUCAUUUCUACGCUGUCACCAAUUCGGACGUGUUCAACUUUCUUCGGACAAUUCCUUGUCUGUCGUCUAGCAAAACUUCCAGCUAAGUACGUUUAACAGCAUCUUAUCAAGUUUUAUUUGUCCGAUACUCACCGUGAAUGAUCUUAAACUUCAUCCGACCAAAGGACGUUUUACCAACAGUGAAAACCUAGAUCCAAGGAAAUACUGUCCAUUCAGGACGCGUUCAUUCAGCGGGAAUAAGGAACAAAGACAUUCGUGCCAACAACUGAAGAGCUUUUGGUGUUGCCGCCAGACUCAAAAGUAUCAAUUUGCUCAACUUCCAGGGCAAAGAAGAAGACAGAUCACGGAUGAAAAGACGCUAAAUGUGCAUGAAUAUCCGGGGAUUCUUUACAAAUUACCUACUGUAUAAGGCACGCGCGUCCUUUCAAAAAGACUCGUAUUUAUUCUGUAUUCACUGGAGACAACAUUAUCUCUCUUAUGCCGAGACUUAACUACAGUUGACAGUUUCCCAGUGUUGAUUUCAUAAUAUUUUAUGUUUUUCCCGGCUGGAAAUGUUCUCUGACAAGUAGACACAACUAAGUGCGCCUGUAGUUUUCAUUGUUCUGUUUUGGAGAGGAGCGGGUCCUUUGUCUAAAGCAGCGAGAUGAGUAUGAACCUGUCAACUCCUACACCUCCACUGCGACUGAAGCGAGUAGACUUUGAGGACUCUCACAACACCGAUACCUUCAAAUGCAAGCGCCGCAGGCUCAGCCAGCCUCCUUCCCCGGGUCUCGCACCCUGUCUUCGCCCCCUCUCCCAGAGCCUUGAGCAGCCGGGGGCCGAGAAGCACCACGUCUCGCGCAUCGGACCCUACAUCCUGUUGGAGGCCACAGAAGGAGCUCAGACGUUUAGAGCUGCCCAUCAGGUCACAGAACAGGAGUACACAUGCAAAGUGUUUUCCAUAAAGAAGUAUCACGAGUUUAUUGCACCCUACACUCGUCUGCUUCCACACAGCAACAUCUGCAAGAUUUCAGAGGUGGUGCUCGGGGAGAACAACGUGUACAUAUUCUUCGAGCGUAACUAUGGAGACAUGCACUCGUACGUGCGCACCUGUAAGAGGCUGCAGGAGGAUGAGGCGGUGCGCCUGUUCGGACAGAUGGCAGCCGCGGUUGCGCACUGUCACGAGAAUGGUGUCAUUUUAAGAGACCUUAAACUGCGCAAGUUUGUGUUCACCGAUCCACAGAGAACAAAGCUUGUCUUGCAAAACCUGGAGGACUCCUGUCUUCUUAACGGGAAUGAUGAUUCGCUGACGGACAAACAUGGCUGCCCGGCCUACGUGGGCCCGGAGAUCUUAAACUCACGGCACUCGUACUCAGGGAAGGCUGCCGACGUAUGGAGCCUUGGCGUCGUUCUCUACACCAUGCUAGUAGGACGUUACCCUUUUCAGGACGUGGAACCCACAGCACUGUUCAGCAAAAUUCGCAGGGGUGCGUUCACCAUCCCGGAGACUCUUUCACCCAGGGCUAAGUCACUGGUGUGCUGCAUGCUGAGGAAAUCUCCUUCUGAGAGGCUUGAGGCUGGAGAUAUACUUAUCCACCCGUGGCUCCACUGUAACAACAACGUGUCCCUCAGCCAGCACUCCAGCACCAGACACUCGACAGAUCAGGUGGUCCCCGAUUUUGAACCUAAUGAAACUGAAGAGCAUUAAUGAGCCUGUUUACCCACAAUCAGGGGGAGUGGACUCUAUGAAGAGAGAGCUAUUACCUCAAAAGGUAUGCAGAGUUCAAGGGCAUCGAAUGGAACAUAUUCCACAAACUGUGGUUAAUAGCAGUGAGGAACUGCUGAGGUGGUCAGGACAGGCCAGAGACUGACCUUGUAGUUUUUUACAAACAGAAGUAACUGUUUCUUACCUCUGAAAAUAUCCAUUUGUGGUGAUCUCUUCAAGAAAACGACACCCGGAGUGCAAAGUGCUGCUGCUAAAAACUCUUUCCUAGCAGAUGUUCGUUCACAGCACAGCUUCGGCUCUGAAAAAUAAUCAUGUGGCUCGUGCACACAAUUUUAACAUCAGUAUUGUCUAAUCAGUGCAUGGAUUUCCCAUAGUACACCCAUGUUGUGUAAAUUAAAGUACCUCUAACUUAAUUCCUGGUAUACUUGAUGCACACUUUGUGCCUUUAUGUACUGUUUACAUAUUUUUGCAGUGGAAAAUACAGAUUUGACUAUUUAAAGUGCCUUUUUUCCAGUAAAACAGCUUAUGUUGUUGGACUUGAAGUACCAAAGAUUUGAGUUCCCUCUGAGCGCAUGUAUCUGCAACGGGUUAGCACAAGUGCUCAUGUUUCCUUUUCAUUUGAAGAAUUCAAAAGGGUUCUGUGUUUUCUGCGAUUCUCUUUUGUAAAUGUCUUUCCAUUUGUUAAACUAUGUAUUUGUGCUGUAGAGCAGGACCCUGAGGGGAUGUGGAGCACAUUAUGCGCCACAGGAAACGUCCAUAUAAUGGUUUAGAGGUGUGCCUGACGAGAGAAACAAAGGCUUUACAUACGUUAGCGUUUGUGAUGCCUGCAUGCAAUGCUUUGACACUUUUUUUCGUUAAAGUACUUGUCAUUUUGUAGAUAUCUUUUUGUUACUAGUGAGAAGUGGACACUACAUUUGUUGUUGUUUCAAGGGGUGACAUACCUACAAACAAGUAUUUUGUUGUUGCCAGUACAAAUAAAAUGAAAAAAAAUCAA